UUUCAGAGUUGACCCAUCAGUCAGACACAGUGUAUGGUCACUCACAAUUGGUGCAUUUUUCACCUGGGUGGCAAUUUUUGGGGCAAAUCAAGCCAUGGUGCAAAGAGCAGUCACGUGUCCAACACUAAAGAAAGCCCAAAUUGCGAUGUGGCUCAACUUUCCAGGGCUGUGUAUUAUUCUGUACCUGUGUUGCUUCAUCGGUAUGUUCAUGGCAGCAUUUUAUGAGAAAUGUGACCCAGUAACGACGAAAGCUGUGACUGAUUCUAAUCAGCUUCUGCCAUUGUUUGUCAUGGAUAUUUUAAGCCAGGUCGUUGGCUUACCUGGCCUCUUUGUUGCCGGCUUGUUCAGUGGUGCUCUCAGCACUAUUUCAUCAGGACUGAACUCUAUUUCCGCUUGUGUGCUGGAAGACAUCUGUCGGGCUUACUUCAAGUCCCAUUUCAGAGAAAUCAGAGCCAGACUCCUGUCUCAAAUAUUUGCUCUUGCAUUUGGAAUGAUGUGCCUGGCCAUGACUUAUGUAGCAUCCUUACUGGGAAACAUUUUACAGGCAGCUCUUUCACUCCACGGUAUAUUUGGUGGACCCCUGCUGGGUGUUUUCACGCUAGGGAUGUUUUUUCCCUGUGCAAACAAAUGGGGCGCCUAUAGUGGACUGUUCGGUAGCCUGAUACUUGCCUUCUGGAUAGGAAUAGGGACGGCCGUCCAGAAACCCUUUCUAAAGAAAGCUAUCAUGUCUGUAGAGUACUGCAACUUUACAGCUUUCAACGCCUCUCUUCUUAUAAAACCAGCAGCAUCCAAUGUUACUGUUGUCAGAGACGCAGUGUUCCCUUUGUAUAAGCUGUCUUACAUGUGGUACAGUACUACAGCUCUGGCAGCGUGCGUUGUCAUUGGUCUUAUUGUUAGCUUCAUAACAGGUGCUACUAAACCGUCAGAACUUGAUGCCAGAGUAAUAUGUCCAAUAUUUGAUAUUCUCUUUCCUUUCUUGCCGGAGUCGAUAAGAAAACCUCUGCGUUUUGGAGUUGUCCAUGAAGGG